AUGGCCGGGAAACCUGAGACUCGGCUUGGGCAGCACAGGUACAUGUACUGGACAGACUGGGGCGAGACGCCCCGGAUUGAACGUGCGGGGAUGGACGGCAGCACCCGGAAGAUCAUCGUGGACGCGGACAUCUACUGGCCCAAUGGGCUGACCAUCGACCUGGAGGAGCAGAAGCUUUACUGGGCUGAUGCCAAACUCAGCUUCAUCCACCGAGCCAACCUGGAUGGUUCCUUCCGGCAGAAGGUGGUAGAGGGCAGCCUGACACACCCCUUUGCCCUGACGCUGUCUGGGGACACUCUGUACUGGACGGACUGGCAGACCCGCUCCAUCCAUGCCUGUAACAAGAGGACCGGUGAGAAGAGGAAGGAGAUCCUGAGUGCCCUCUACUCACCCAUGGACAUCCAGGUGCUCAGCCAGGAGCGGCAGCCUCCCUUCCACACUCGAUGUGAGGAGGACAAUGGUGGCUGCUCUCACCUGUGCCUGCUGUCCCCAAGGGAGCCUUUCUACACAUGUGCUUGCCCUACUGGCGUGCAGCUCCAGGACAACGGCAGGACGUGUAAAGCAGCGAAGGCUCUGAGCAUUGCUGGCUCUGUGCUGGGAGGGUUCGGCAGCGUAUGGCUGGGAUUUGUGCUCAGCUCUGGGCUCUGUGCUAACAG